AACGCCGCUCGCGGUCGGAAUCGAAUUUACAGCUUGACGUUUGUGUUGUGUCCGUGUUUGUUUUGUGUUUUGUUUCGAUCGUCGGCAUGUUCAGUGCUGUUUUACGCAAGAGGUUCUCUAAAGUUUAGAAAAUAUGUCGAAUUUCCUGCAAUCUGCGUUACUUCAAUCCCGGCUCCCACUGGUUUGCUUCAAGCGAUUCCGGGGGAAAAUCAACAUCCAGAGGCCCCGGCCGCCGCAUUAUGAAAGAGCUCGCGUCCUCGAUGUGGUGAAGCCCAUCUACAAAAAGCCGGAUUUCAAUGCUCCGUGCGUGGAAGCGGGGCGAACGAAAGCCGCCCAGGAAGUGGAGAACCCGUACGAGCGGAUUAUCGCUCGUGAAGUGCGCAACUGGCUGGACCAUAGCAAGAUGGUGGCCUUCAUUCAUUUGAAUUCGAUCAAGCAGGAAGACUUCUUCAAAGUGCAAGUGGCCCUCCACCGGCAUCAGAUGAGCGUAAAAAUCUACGGUAAAUCUAUUAUCCGACAAGCAGUGGAGGGAACCAAAUUUGAAGCCAUUCAGCCACUGUUCGACGUAAAGACGGCCCUCAUUUUCUGCCCGGAUGAAUCCAAAAUCCGCCAGCUGUUGGCUGUGCUCAAGAAGACGCCCCAGUUUGUGCUGAUGGCCGGAAUCAUCCAGGGCCAGUUUCUGAGUAAAAAGGAGUUCAUGGGCUUUGCCUCGUUGCCGGAUUUGACGACUGCGAGGGCACAGCUGGCCGCGGUGUUGGAAAGUGCCGGGGCCAAGAUUGUGAGCGACCUCGAGUGUCACCAGAAUCAGUUGGUCAAUGUGCUGGAAUCGUACGUGCGACACGAGAAUGAGAAAUCCGGUGCCAGCCAGGAGAGCAGUAAAGCUCCGGAAGGAACCGAAGGGUGAAUUGGGAGAGUAUUUCGCUUGUUGAAAUAGUGUAAUAAAUUUGAUUUAAACUGA